AAUUAUUUAAUAUUAAAAGAAUAUAAUAAAAUUCUAAAAAAAAAACAACCUCCUAACUUAAAAUUGAAAGCAUAGAAUUACUGCUGUCCAAAGCCCCCUCCAAGUGAGCGCUCGAAGAUGUUACUUUGCGGAGGGCGUAGAUUCAAUAUAUUGGCGCCAACAUUGCCACUCUCAUUUGAGACUUUUAUCAAACACCUUGCAGCUUCAAAAUCCUCAAAGCUUUCACUAACCACAACAUCAUUCACUGCCAGCGCCAGCGCCAGCGCAAACUCCAAAGUCUUCAGUUCCUCCUGUUUUGAAGCGCUAAACUCGCGUCAAAAAGAACAAGUGCAUAUCUACAUUGAUUCCCUCCUCGAAUGGAACCAGAAAAUGAAUCUGACUGCUGUAAAGGAGGAGAGUGAAGUUAUGGAAAGGCACGUUGAAGACUCGCUUUCAAUUAUAGAACCAAUUCGAACUUCGUAUCUCUCACAUUGUGGACCUUCGUCGGAGAAUCUCAAUCUCGUUGAUGUUGGAAGUGGUGCGGGACUUCCUGGAAUAAUUUUGGCCAUUGCUUCCCCUGGUUGGAAAGUGACCCUUCUGGAGUCUAUGAAUAAGCGUUGUUCCUUCUUGGAGCAUGUGGUUAGUCAGAUCGGUCUUUCAAAUGUUCAAGUUGAACGAGAAAGAGCUGAGAAGCUAGGGCAAGACGUCAGCUUCAGAGAGUCUUUUGAUGUUGCAGUUGCUAGAGCUGUUGCAGAGAUGAGAAUUUUAGCUGAGUAUUGCCUUCCUCUAGUACGAACUGGUGGUAUUUUUGUAGCUUCGAAAGGUCAUGAUCCUCAGGAAGAAGUACACAGAGCAGAGAGAGCAAUACAGCUGAUGGGAGCCUCUCUAUUGCAAAUUCGUUGUGUUGAUUCCCACAGUAGACAUGGACAGAGAACUGCCAUAAUUUGUUUGAAAGGCAAACCUACCCCAAAGAAAUAUCCUAGAGAUCCAGGAACUCCAGCUAAGAUUCCACUUUGAGAGGAAUGUUGUCAAACCUCCUUAUCUCCAGUACAGACAAUGUAUGAUAGAGGGAAAUUUGUAUAUCCCCUAAUCGCUUCUCUCGAGUUUAGAUGCAGAAACACUAUACUCGUGGAUGUCUGGAAGCAGUACUACUAGUUCCUUUCGUGAACUGCUUACCUCAUUAUGUAAGAAGGUACACCACACAGAUUUGGCUUCAAGUUUAUUCAUUAAGAUGAGUGUAAUUACAACCACAUUCCACAUAAUACGUGUAUUAUUUUGUCU